UAUAUUUUAUGUACUAUGAAGUGCGGAGAAGGAAUGCGUUCUUUUAACAUUUGCACAAUUAAGUUUUAUUACCUUAUUUUCUGUGAAAUUGUGUUUUGGCAGCAAUUAGUAGGACUGCCUUACCAAGGAAGCUCUUAUUAUCAGAAAUGCACUGAUUCUGAAACCAAACAAGAACUCUUAAUUGGAGAUGUGAUCCAACGCAGAGGUCGGUGCAUACGAGCACAAUGCCUAGGUACUUUGGAAAUAUGGGAAGAUAGUUGCCAAAUACCACAUUUACCUGGUACUUGCAGUCAACUGCCACCUCCUAAUGAGUUUCUUGAUUACCCCGAUUGCUGUCCACUACACGAAUGCAAGUCUUACGAAUUUAACGAAAAUGGUGAAACUGUAGAAACUCUCACCUACGAUCAUCACGGCAUUUUAAAAAAACAAAACAUAAUAAAAUUUUUAGUCGUAGUUGAUCACCAAAAAAGAAACCCAAAUGAUAACGUAAGCGCGAGGUUCAAUAUUUAAUUUAGAAUAAUCUAGUGAUAAGGUAAAACUACACACACUAAUUACGGAUAUAUUGAAGUGAGUACAUUAGUCUGAGUAGUGUACUUAGUUAUAGGGCAAGGUAUUAUUUCAAUAAAAACUUGUAAAAUGUUGAAGUAUUAUUUGACUAAAGUUCGUUUGUACUAUGUUAAUGAGUCUGGGACAAAAUUUAAAUAAUUGAGUAAAAAUAAAAUUUUU